AUGCUGUGGCUCGCACUGCCUGCCAUGUUGUACAUGUUUCGGGGCCGACUGGCAAGCACGCUGGCGCCGAUGGUAGGCUCCCUGGACCCACAGAGGACGGCCAUGCUCGGGCAUUUGCUGACUGUGGUCCUUGGCUUGCCGGGCACUCAGGUUUGGCCAACAGGAGAUCCCCAGAGACUCCAAAAUCCCUUAUUUAAGGAAUAG